CCGGGAGUUGGAGACCCAAAAAUGAACUCCCGGAGAUCAGAGAAAUCACUCGUGAUUGCUUGGUUAAUAAAUUCCAUGGAACCAGUCAUAGCUCUUGUAACAGUGAAGAAUGGAGAGGACAAAAACAAAAGGCCAUGGUGUGAUCAUUGCAAAAAAUAUUGGCACACCCGUGAAACUUGUUGGAAGAUUCAUGGGAAACCACUAAACUGGAAGAAAAAGGGAGUUGAUGAUCGUGGGUUUCAAUCUCAAAAUGGUCAGGCCCUCCAAACAACUUAUUUUGAUCAGGGGCAGCAACCUUCUCCAGAAACGUCUCCAUUUACAAGGGAACAAUUGGAAAUUCUGCACAAACUCCUUCAAUCUCCACAAUUUCGUGCAAAUGCACAAAAUUCUUCUAAUCCUUCCUGUUCUUUUGCUGAAACAGGUACUGUAUCGUCUGCUUUUCUUAGUACCAAUUCCAACCAAAUAGAUUCUUGGAUCAUAGAUUCAGGAGCCAGUGACCACAUGACUGGAAGUUCCCAUUUUUUUCUCUACUUACACUCCUUGUGCAGGGAACAGAAAAAUCAAGAUAGCUGA